GACAGCUUGGGAACUGACAAUUAUUCUAAUUUCUUUUGAUAAAACAACAUUCAAUCCUGAAUAUUUAUUGCAAUAGAAGUGAAUAUUCUUCUAAGACACAGCAAUAUUUCAUUGAGGAUACAGUACAGAAAACAAGAGAAGUAGCAUUCCAGAGUAUGGCGAAGAUGUGUGUAUUGUGCCUUUUGUGCACUUGCAUUGUUUCAAAUUUGACAGAGACAGUGAACAGAAGCAUGGUACCUCGGAUCACAGAACCCCUUAAAAAUGUUAACAUAGAAGUGAAAGCAGGCUCAAAAAUUGAUCUACGCUGCUCCGCUCUACUUGGGUCUGAAAGUUCUUUAGAAAUUACCAUUAUUUAUUGGCUUAUUAAUGGAACAUUCAUUGGAAACUACAGUAGUGUCCAGGAAGGUUUCCCAAGGGUUUCUAAGAAAGGUGAUGAAAAUUAUCUUACCAUUAUCCUUCAUAUAGACAACGCUGUCCCAGAAUUGUACAACAUUCCUAUCACAUGUAUAGCAAACAGCCCAUGGGGGGCAGAUAAUUCAACACUUUAUUUGACACCUGCCAAAACAGGGUCUUUCACCUGGGCAGUUAUCAUUCCUCUGUCUCUUAUUAUUUUGAGUUUACUGGCAGUAUUUGGAUAUAAACAUUUCAUUCUGUUAACAACUUAUAUUUCUCAUCAAUCAAACAAGUCAUGAAAAUAAAUUAAGUGGUGGUCUAACCUAUGGGACCCCAAGAUUCCCAACCCCUUUAACAAUGAUUACAAUGAUUAAUGACUUUGACAAGAUUCCCAAAAUUCCUGUUUUCAGAUUGCAGGACAAUAUGCAUUGUUAAAGGGGUUAUCCGAGUUAUUUUUUUGAUUUUUCUACGUUCCUAACUGGGCAAAUAUAACAGCUUUCCAAUUCACUCACUUUAUCUCCAGUGGCUGGUUUCUCAGAUUCCACUGAGGGUCACAUGACCUGUGAUCUCAGAUUCUCUCCCUGCUCUGAUAAAGUUUGUUUACAAGCCUGUAAACAAGACAUCACUGUGCUGGCCACCACUGUGCUGCCGUCUGCUCUCUCUCCUAAGAUUCUUAUCCCCUUCAGCUGCACACACUGGGUAUCUGCAGCAGUGACAAUUCUGGGCACAGGAGCUGAAGGACUAGAGAGAGCAUUGCACAAGAAGGUAGGGGGAAGAUCCUGUGUGUAU